ACAAGUCAAGGAGAUACGUUUCCACUUCCUAUGUAGCUAGUCAUUAUAAAUGAUAUCCAAAACGUGCAUUUUUGUGUUAUUGUAAGCUUGACAUUGUACACGACAUUCAAAACAUUUGCAUUUUUGUGAGUACAUUUUGUGGCUAUAGAGAUUUUAUUUUUUAUUUAACUAGGCAAGUCAGUUUAAGAACAAAUUAUUAUUUACAAUGAUGGCCUAUGAACAGUGGGUUAACUGCCUUGUUUAGGGGCAGAAUGACAGAUUUUUACCUUGUCAGCUUGGGGAUUCAAUCUAGCAAUCUUUCAGUUACUGGCCCAACACUCUAACUACAAGGCUACCUGCCACUCGAUAGGAUGGACUCUCUGGGUAUGAGGGGCCCAUCCCUAAACCAGGACUCACUACACAGUGUGCCGAAUGCUGUUCCUCGUGGACUGACAGUGGGCCCCUCUCUAGCAAAUGAUGGCCAGUUGGGGCUCUGGUGUGUAGGACAUGCUCUGCAGAAAGGGAUGCUUCUGGGUGUGGAAGACCAAAGCAACACCUUUGACCAAAGUGAAGACUUUACAGAGAGCUUGAUGGAAGAAGUGUAUCAGACGAUAAUCAAGGGGAAUCUUUGGGACAGGUGCUAUUGGAUUAGGGCCUGCAAAGACAUCAGCCAAGGACAGAGCUUCUGCUUUAGAGUUUCCGAGCUGAUCCUCUGGAACACGUAUGGAAGCCAAGGAGGGUCACUAACAACACCAGGCAAACCUCGCAAACAAGUUACACCUCGCAAGUCCAGAGAGGAUGGAUCCCCAGGUGUAAACUCCACAGAGCAAGAGCUCAAGAUUAUAGAGCCAGAGGAGCACACUGAAGAUUCAGACAUGUCAACUUCUCCACUGGGGUUUACAGAGUCUAUGGUGGUGGAGGAGGAGAAAAGCCAGGCUGGAAUCAAAAGGAGCAAACCUCUUAUCUACAAAAUGAACAAGAGAUGUGUGAGAGACUCUCAUUCCAGUGGUGAGAAAACAAUGGAACAGAAUAGAGACGUUCACUCUUGCAAAAUAAUAAAAACAGAACGUUUCAUUCCAGAAAUAACCAAUGUGCCAUGCUCUGAGGACAAACUUGUGAGUCCUGCUGACGAGCCUUCAAAGGGUAGUGAAGAACCAGGUAAUGUGGUAAGAAAAGCCCAGGAGGUGCAGGGGCCACAGGUUGUCAGGGCCAGUUGCAGACUGGCUGCUAAACCCAGGAAGGUGCAUUCAUUAGUCAGCUGUAUCCACAAGCGUCUCCAAGUGUGCAAAAAUGGGUAUCUGGAUCGUCAAGUGACAUUGGAAAUUACGUCCAGAGUUGGUGAUGAAAAUGGACGAGCUUGCCAAGAAACAGAUAGACAAGAUAGAAAAUAUAAGCUCAGAUGAAAUCCCAAAGGAUAUUGACAAAGCGGGGAAGCAAGACACAGAGGAGCUUAUGAUGGCUCCAGACCUCUUUAACACCAGGGAAAGGAGGUAUACAUGUGACAAGAGUUUCUUUCAGCUAUAUCACCUGAAGAAGCACAAAUUCACCCACUUGGACCUAAAGCCUUACUUUAUGCACAGAGUGUGGUAGGAAUUACAGCUCCCAAGAGAACUUCAGGGCCCACCUUCUGAUGCAUAAGGGAGAGAGGCCAUUCAAGUGCCAGCAGUGUGACAAGAGCUAUGGCCUGAAACGGGACCUGAAGGAGCAUGAAGUUCUCCAUACAGGAGAGAGGCCUUUUGUCUGCGAUAUAUGUGGGAAGGCUUUUGCCCGCUGCCGUUCAGUAUUCAUAGGGAGGCCCACCGCGCUAAGGAAGAAAAUUACCAUGCUUCUAAGCUCAAGUGCCCUGUCCGCGGUAACGAACUGGCCAAUUCAGGCUCCCUUAGGAAUCAUAUGUGCUUGCACACAGAAGAACAGCCUUAUGCCUGUCCCCACUGCAAUAAGACAUUCCGACAGCGGGGGAACCUUUUGGGGCAUCUACACAUCCACACAGGGGAAAAGCCUUACAAGUGCAACUAUUGCAAUCAGUACUUCUCACAGGUGUCUGAACUCCACAGACACCUCAUAUCACACACAGGGGAAGUCUACCUCUGCCCUAUAUGUGGCAAAGCCUUGCGGGACCCCCACACCUUGCGGGCCCACAAACGUUUACACACGGGAGAGACCUCACACAGUGUGAGCUGUGUGGGAAAGCCUACACCAUGGCCACCAAUCUACGCUGCUACAUGAUGUCCCACCUUGAGUAGAAGUCCUAAAAAUGUCCGACAUGUGGUGCUGGCUACACGCUAAUGCAGAGCCUGGUUCGCCACCAGUUCAACCAUCAAAAGAGAGAAGAUGGGACAUCUGGGGAGCUAGCUAACGCCCUAGCAGCUCUGGAGUCUAGCCACUCUGCACCUGCUAGAGGCAGACCUAGAAAGACCCCUCGCAAUACAGAGGUCAAGCCAUGGGUCGAUGUCCCUGAAGAGAACAUGGAGAGUCAGGCAGUAGUGUAUGUUCAGGCCAUUGAAGACUUAGCCUUGGCCUAAUUCAGGGGAGGUUAUUGUCAGCACCUGUGACUCAUAUCAUGAUAGUGACAUAUCUCCUGUGGUAAUAGAGGAAGGUUUGGAACAGGAUGUGGGCCAAUUCAAGCUAAAUGAGAAUAUCAUUGAGAUAAUUGUCUCAGACUCUAAUGAUAAGUGCAUUGUGUUAAGGGAGCACAAAACACACAGCAACCUGGUGAUUCUACAUGGCGAGGAUGGACUGAGCUCUGUGGCAGAGACAAUAGAGAUCGAAACGGGAGUUUAAAACUGCAAUUCACACCAUUUUGCUUUCUGUUGCUGUUUAAUUAAAUCUUCAAAUAAAAUCAAGAAUGUAAAUAAAAUAAAAAUUUGCAUUUUAGAUGUACUUUACCUAAAAGAAGACAAUAAGCAGUACUUACUUGGAAAAUACCUUUGUCAUGAAUAUCAAAUAUGUUAUAAUAUCACCAUCAGGAUACUCCAUUUAGAUUACUGGAGAAGGGAGACAGCUGUGAACGAGUUAAAGAUAUAAGCUAAUAUUGACUCACAUUUGUGGUGGACCUUAUCUAGCCACUACCUGCAGCAAAUGUUCUUUUCAAGGACUACUAAAACUACCUGCCCCUGUAUUUUAGGAAAUGUCUUUAUGGUUACAAAGAGAAAUCCUCAUGAAUAGUUUUCUUUUUUAUCUGACCAAAAUAUAUUUGAUCUCUGGAGAUUGUUUAUGAAUGUUUUUUUUAAAUAGCUUUACUGUAUUUUAACACACUGUUGUAAAUAUGGGCCCAUCAACAAUAUUAUCAUUAUUGUUGAAGACUCCAAUUAAAAGAGAGAAAAUAAGUUACCUCUGUGGUGGCUUUACAACAGUUAUAUGUGUUUUUGAACACAACUUUUGACUUUUCACCUCUUUCUCCAAUGUGUCAUUCAAUAUUUGGGUGCAAAUUCUUCGAUGGUUGGGACAGUCCGAGACUGAAUCAGCAAACAUUCUGGUUUGGAGUGUGUGUUUGCUAUGCCUGUCUAUGCAGCUUAGCGGCACACACUAUGAUAGUCUAAAUUAGCAGAUAGGGGUGUUUUAAAAGGUUGAUUUAUUGUGUAUUUGUUUUUGACAUUGACUUUAAGUCUUUAUCAUUUGGUAUUCUGCUUGUAAUUACUGAAUAUAAUGUCUUUAUAUAUAUAUAAAGUAAUCCAUGAGUAGGCCCUGACAGAAAAUAAACAAUUGAGAAAGCAAUUCUUGACA